CUCCGCCGCGCCGUACGCCCGGGCGCUCCGUCUCCAUCCGCUGCCAACUUUGUACCGCGGGGCGCGGGCGUCACUGCCGAGGUUCUGCCCUCACCUCACCCGGGGGGCGAGGGACCACCUCACCAUGGCCGGGAUCGGCAUCGACCACUCCAAGCUGCCCGGAGUCAAAGAAGUGUGUCGAGACUUUGCUAUUUUGGAAGAUCAUACUUUGGCGCACAACUUACAGGAGCAGGAGAUUGAGCAUCACUUGGCAACAAAUGUUCAGCGUAAUCGACUCGUGCAACAUGACUUGCAGGUGGCCAAGCAGCUGCAAGAGGAGGAGGAUCUGAAAGCACGUGCUCAAACCCAAAAACAUCAAAAAGACUUAGAACAACAGGACUGCGAGAUUGCUCAGGAAAUCCAAGUGAAGCUUGUGUUUGAAGCGGAGCAGCGCCGCAGGCAAGAGGAAAAAGAUGAGGACAUCGCCCGUCUUCUACAACAGAAGGAACUGCAAGAAGAAAAGAAGCGGAAGAAGCACUACACAGAAUCCCAGGGACACACAGGCUAUGAAGAUAGCUAUUAUGCAGAAAAUGGAGGCAGUAAAUUGAGGGGGACGAAGCAAGCCAUGUAUGAUACACCCCGAAGGGAGCAGGAGUUGUCUGAUGCAGAGAUUGCUCGGAAGCUCCAGGAGGAAGAACUCCUGGCUGACGAGGCAGAUCAGAAGGCAGCUCAAGUAGCCCAAGACGAGGAAAUUGCCCGGCUCUUGGUGGCUGAGGAGAAAAAGGCUUUCAGGAAAGGGAAGGAGAGAGAAAAGUCUUCCUUUGAAAGGAGGAGGCAUGAUCAAGACUGGAAGCACGAUGCAAGCGAGUCCACGCGUUCAAGGUCAAAAGAAGGGCCUGAAACUCAGCGACACAAAGGUGAAAGGUCUUCAAGGUCACAGCCUCUCCAUGAUGACUUUGAACACACUCGGUAUUACGCAAGCCAGCCCAGCCCCUUGCGCCAGAUCCCCAAAACUGAGCACUCUCCUAAAGGUUCCCGUAGGAAGCAGUAAACUGUGCUAGCCUUUGCUUUGGUACUGACUCUUCUGUAGCAAACAUUACUGGAAUUGCCAGGCAACUUUCUCAAUUCCUUACCCAAUGGAAGGUCCACCCUCCACUCCCAGGAUGUCCUCUUUAAGUGUCAUCAUAUUAAGGAGCAUUGUUCAUUUCAAUUUCUUACUCAUAUGUGAUGACUUAAACAGUGCAGUAUAAUCUAGCCACUUCUGAUUUUAACACUGAGCUGUGUAAAUCAACUAGCUGACUUAACAGCUCCCUCUUACAGUCUUUUGGGGCUUUCCUUUUAUUUUUAAGCUUUGUCUGGAGCUUUUACAAAUAGAGAUGCACUUGCAACAGGCAGGAAAAUCCAAGAAAUUAGUUUGAUGAUGGUAAUGCAUCAGAACAUCAGAACUACAAGUUCUUUCCAUAUUAGGAUGACUUAGCAAAGAGAGUUAUAAGAGGAAACAUAUUUCUUCCUGUUAAUAAGAUAGCUGAACCAACCUGACAGUAUUGCUUGGAGGAAGGAGAGAGCAUCUUCGUAACGUGCACCAGCAAAAGCCAGAACCUGGGACUGGUGAGGAAGAAAUUGCCUAUGGAAUACUAUUUAACUGCUAUAUUUCUUUCUAGGGUUUACAGCAACCUGGGUAGACUAACUAGACAUUUAGCUCCAGGAUAUAGGAUAGAACAAUUGAAAGACAAUUUCAGUGGAAAUUAGACCUUGUGCGCAUAACUCUUAAGACAUGCCAGGGAGUUGAUGAAGCUGCGAGUUGUGGAUUGGGAAUAAUCCUGCCGAUUUAAAUGCCUGAAGGGACCUCUGUGGUCACCUGCUUUGAGCUUUCGUGUGAUAGAAGCCAAGGAAUUUCACUGAAGCCAAGUAGGAACUGCUGUAACUCCUAGCUCAGUUGCUGAUGCACUUGCAUACAGUAACUUGUGUUUGAACCUGCAUGUGUCUUGGAAACGUGGGGCUGAAGGAAGUCCAUAUGGGCAUUGACAUUGAAUCAAAAAUCCACAAUUACAGGCAACUUUGAGCUAGACAUAGAGUACUGAACAGUCCACACAAUGUCUGUGCUGACUGCCUCACCUCUACACUGCUCUGUAUACUCCUGUCAGGAUAAAACUAUUGCUGUCUAGGGCACAGCAGGAUCUGCAAGUUUAAGUUGUCUGUGUAAAAUGCCCGGGACUUUGCGCAUUGGCAGCAUCCUGCUAGCUGUGUAUCCUUGCUUCCAGACUGUGAGCUUGCUCACCUGCAUCACUUGGAAGGUCUUGCUUGCUUGCAGCUUCUUCUCAGGAAAUAUUCCAGCUAGUGGCUAGAUUUUACUGUGCUUUCCUUGUUCCCUCUUCUUGUUCCAUCUCUGUCCAUUCAGAAGUGUUAAUGUUCUUUUAAAGGACCCAGAAAAAGAUCAACAUAGACCCUAUUUUUUUCCUUUGUAUUUGAUAAGUUGGGCCACUGUGUCAACCUCAUCUGCAAAGAGUUUAUUUUGUAAAAAUUUAUUUUUGUAUUUCAUAUAGCAGUCAAAACUUCUGCUGCUGAAAAUGCCAUUUUUUUUUUCUGUGGGUUUUUCCCCUCCAUUGCCAUCAGAGUAUUGUUGUGAAAUGGAUGCCUGGUGGGGUUUUGUGAACUAAUACUUUCUAUAAACACCCCAGUCAAGGCCUUGCUGCUUGUAUCAUCUGGUGCACUUGUGAAAACUGGAUGGGGAAAAGUCCUGCCAAAUCAGAAAGUGGUUGUGCUUUAUACUUAAUGUGCAUGGGGUGACCCUCUGCAAAAGGAAAGGGGAAAUUGUCAGCUAGGAAUUCAGCCUUUCCUGGGCCUCUGUAGGUGGCUGUGACAGGCUUUCUUGCAAUGCAGUUGUCUGAUGUAACUUCUGUCUUAUCCUUAUUAGAAUAAUCUCGAAUCCUGUUGACUUCAGUGGGAACGAGAGAAAAUGAUACAAAAUUAACUCCAGUUAUUUUUAUUUGUCUGAAGAACACCUGUAUGUCUACUCCGUGGAGCUGUAGGAUCUCCUUAAUGGCCUCCUCGGGCCGUGGCACCAACAGAUGAGAGCCGGAGUGAAGGAUCCCAGGAGCAUUUGCUGCUUCCUUGGAUGCCUUAGGGAGUGCUGAAUGUUUUAUGGGCUGCUUUGCUCUGUAGCCUCCCAUAGUCUUUAUCUUUUUAUUUUUACUCCAUAUCUUUAUUCAUCUGCUGCCCCUUGUGUUUCUCCUGUUUUAUUUUUCCGUAGCCCUUGUGAAAAGGGGGGCCCUAAGGUUUUGUUAGAAAGGGCUAACACCUGUUGAGAGAGAGAAAUGCUAGGCAUGGUAGGUGGGGAAAGCAUGUAGUAAAUAGGGUAUAAACAGAACAACUGUUCAUCUAAUAUACCUUGUGGGCCUUAUGUAGUCAUGCGGGUUAGAGAUUUCCUGAUGCAAAGGUUACAACUGGACUUGCAUGUUUAGUAACCACAUUUGGAAGGGAGAUUCCAUGGUCCCAUUGAAGUCAACAGGAGUCGAGUUAAGUUCAUGAAUGAACAAGGACCCAACUCAUCUUGGGGCUCAGCAGCCACAGUUCUGCAGCUUACAUAGGCAAGAUGCAAAAUCAGCACCUUGCACAUGCGUCCCUGGAAAGAGGCACAAUGAAGCUGAUCUUUUAAGAAGAAACAAUUGGAGCAAUAUUUCCUUUCUAUGACAGAAAAAUGUUUAACUUUAUUUUUUCCUUGUCUUCUCCUGCCAAGUUUUAGUAGCUCUGCCUAUGGGUUUGCUCUGGAUUUAAUAGCAUGUCGAAGCCCUUGCUUGGACCCCUGCCCAGGUCAUUCAGGUCUUGCAUCCCUUUCUGACUCUGCAUUAACAACGCAAUAGGCACCAUGUGGAGAAUUCAUCACCAUGAAAUCCUGGCACUUCCUGAUCUUCACAGUAGGCACAUCUCACAAGCAAGAGCUCUUGCCACCUCUUCACCUCCGUCCAAAGCACAAUGAUCUGCAGAAGAGAGGUUGGGUGAACCAGAGUGAUCGUGCCUUAUAUGCAGGGAUACUCGAUGUCUUCAGCAGGCUGAUCUGAGUCACCUUGCUAUGAAACACUGUCUUAAUGUGGACUGUACAGCUUCCUGCAGGGAGAAGCAGUUGUCGUCCCAUGAUAGAUCCAGCAUGUUAAUCUCGUCUUUUUUUUAAAGGACUUCAUGUUUUUGAGCUUAGUGGGGUGGGAAAAUAUCAGCUGUUAGGGGAUAGAUGAAGUCUCAUCAUUGAAUUUCUCCUCUUGGGGAGGAAGGAUAGAAGUUACAAAUGCUGCAGUCUGCUUCACUCUAAAAGGGAUCUUGUAUGUACAGUAUUUUUAUAUCUCUGCAUUCCCACUGGUCAGGAUUUGAAUCAGGACUAAUAACACUCUCUUAUGUAGGGAAAAAAAAGUGGAUUUUUAUUUUUACAGUGCUAGACCUUUGUGCAUUUUUAUUUUGUGCCAAAUUACAGUCACUGUUACAUUCUAGUGUUUUCAUUCAGUUUAUUGUUAUUGAUCAAUGUGUAUAUGAUAUAUUUUUAUUAUCAAGAUUUUUAUUUUAAUUCAUACUAACCUGUGUGCAAACUAACUGUGGAUUGCUUAUUUAUAUAUAAAGGGGAGCACUUGGAGACAUUGUGAGGAUUCCCCUACUUAGUUUAUACUCUCGUAACCUAGCACAGCCAGUCCGUGAAACUCAUCGCUUCUUACACAGAAUGAUAUCCUGGGCAUCUAUCACCCUGAGCAGAUGGCUCCUGCUGUUCCUAAUGAUAGCACUGAUGCUGCAAGAAUAUGUUAGAUGCAAUAGGAAACAAAACACAGCUCAUGUCAUGGACUAGUGGGUGACUUGAGCUCUCUGCUGUCCUGCUCCUGGCAGUGAUGCCAGGGAGAGUGCUGCAGCAGGAAUUCCCAUCUGAGUGUGACUUGAGGUUUUCCUCUGCCCUAUAUCCAUCCCCAGCCAAUGGACAGUUGGUUUUGCCCCAUUCCCUCAAGACGCUUAGUGCUUGGUUUUGUAGUUACUCUGGGAGGUGACUGUGGAAUACAGCAUUAGGCACAGUGGUGUCCUUCGCAUGAAGUAUACCACAGGCAGUUUGUCUUUUUUGGCUGUGGAGGGCAGGCGUAAACCUACAGAGAUCCCAGUUUACAGCUCUUUAAAACAUGUGUCGUAGCACAUCUCUGGCUGUGCAGCACAGCCAUGGACGAUCUUGACUGUGCUGCAUACAAGUGCCACCUGGACUGUUAUGCCCAGAACAGGCUGCAGGACACAGGUUUUGUGUUGAGAAGCUGCACUGCUUUCAGCUUCUGGACCGGAGAUAGCCUGAGCCACAUCCUCCCUGUGAGCUGCACUGGACAAGACUCAGCUGUGCCUUUUGGGCUCUUCCAGGAGAGGCCCGGAGAGGACAGUGGCACACACAAAUAAGUAUUUUCUACUUCACAGUAAGCAAGUUCCACUGUAUCAGUGUUCACUCUACGUAGACUCCAUGGUCUGUCUCCAGCUGCAUCUGUGCACUGCAAUAUAGUUAAUUGCCUCAGAGGAAUAACUGCAGUUGUCUCUUUUAGCUUUUCAGGGUAAACUUUCAGCCUGUUUGAAUCUCAUCCAUGCGAUGAGAUGGAUUAGUCAGAAGGCUUAAAUUCCUCAGAGCUGCAAAUGUACCCUGUGUUGCAACAGCUAAUCCUUAAAUAUAAAUUGUGCACUGACAAUAAUCUGUCUAUGCAAGCCUAUAUUUUUUUUCUUAUUUUUGACUGUUCACUCUAUAAUUUUACCAGGUUUGGCAUAGAACUUCUGAAUGACAUUUAACCAAAGUAUCAUGUCUGUAUGUGUAUAGCAUGUUUUGCUUCAUACUCCCGAAUUCUCAUUGAAUGUAAAGGGAACACUGCCUUGCCCCAUUUUGUUCAAUAAACCGCUGUACUUUGUUAUCCACUGCAUCCUUCUGUCGCUCCGUGUGCUUUUCUGGAACCACCGAAGUGGGUUACACAAGAGCAGGAGAAAACAACACUUCGUUCCACCCUUGGCUGCUGGAGCUCAGCUGCUUCUACCAGUAAUUAUGUUCUUCCAAUGUAAUAGAUGUAGCAAAACAACAAAUUUAUAUUAAAUUUGAUUAUUUUAUGGCCAGAGAGAUAGAAAAAAAAAGCUGUAUAAUAUCUUGGAAAGGAUCUGGACUGUUUCAUUUCCUGAGACUGUGAUAUUGAAAAAUAAAGCAAUGUAAUUAUUUGCAAGGA